AUGCAUUUGCUGCGACGGGCACCCCACGUUGUCCGGGCGGGCCGCUAUAUCUCUCCCCUCGCUGCUGCGAAGGGUCCUUUCCUUCUGCCUUCUUCUUCUGCACACGCAGCUACUCGACACUUCUCGCUCAACUGGAACUCUAUCGCUGGAAUGGCCGCCGAAGACCCGGAAAAGACAAAGGAGGUGCGCAAGUACCUCCAGCAGAGCCAUGAUCGCAUCUUUGAGAACAAUAAAAAAUGGGCGGAUGAGAUGCGGAAGAAGAAGCCCGAGUUCUUCAGCGACUUGACAGCUGGUCAGGCGCCUGAGUAUUUGUGGAUUGGCUGCUCCGACUCUCGCAUCCCCGCCGAAGCCAUCACAGGCCUCGAGCCCGGCGAGAUGUUCAUCCACCGCAACAUCGCCAACCUCGUCAACAACAUCGACCUCAACGUCAUGUCCGUGGUCAACUACGCUGUGCGCCACCUGAAGGUAAAGCACAUCGUCGUGUGCGGGCACUACGGCUGCGGCGGCGUCAAGGCCGCCAUGACACCCAAGGACAUGGGCCUGUUGAACCCGUGGCUGCGGAACAUCCGCGACGUGUACAGGCUGCAUCAGGAUGAACUCGACGCGAUUACCGACUCUGAGAAGAAGUACGAUCGCCUGGUUGAGUUGAAUGUGCACGAGCAGUGCAGGAAUGUCAUCAAGACGGCCGCGGUGCAGCAGUGCUGGGCGGAAAACGAGUUCCCGGUCGUGCAUGGCUGGGUGUUUGGCUUCGGAGAUGGACUACUCAAGGAUUUGAAGUUUGACCAUGAGGGGCAGUUGGCAGAGAUCCAGAAGAUUUACGAUUUGACAAAGGACUUUUAGGUCCCGCGAGGGCGCUGGGGAUGUGCAGAAGGCGUAUGAAUGGAGUUGAAGAUAUCAUGAGCGUGAGGCAUUGCGUGGCGUUGGCGGAGAUGUGAACAGUACGUUGUCGCUCCAGAUGAGAUGAAGAUGGUCUGUCGAAUACAAUGGUAUAAUUUUCACAAACUCGUCGUUAUC